CAUUAAUCACUUUAUCUUAAUCCAUCAAUCAAUUGCCUCAUUCAAAGUACUGUAACGUUUGACAUGGAGCACGUCGGGAAGCAUUUGAUGAUGAACAUCAAUGAGUUUGAGCUUCAAGAUUUCAUCCAUGGCGACAACUUCGAUCAAUAUGUGAAUCUGAUUCGUGGAGGGAGCGAGAAUCCGAUAUUUGAUAACCUCGACCUUGAUUUUAUGAAUGUCGACAAUCGCCUCGAUCCUAGCGCGGAAUACAUUCUGGAUUCCAAUAUCGUCAUGAAUUCAGAUCCUAAUUCUUUGUUUAGUUCAUUGGAGAGUUUUAAUAGCAUCAUGAAAGAAGUUGAAAACGAAGAUGAAGAUGAAGACGAUACUUCUGUUGAGAACUCUUCCGUCACAACGUCGAAGAAAUCGAAGGUCGAUCGAUCCAGAACUUUGAUUUCCGAGCGUAGGAGAAGAGGAAGGAUGAAGGAAAAGCUUUAUGCAUUGCGUUCAUUGGUUCCAAAUAUAACUAAGAUGGAUAAGGCUUCCAUUGUUGGGGACGCAGUGCUGUACGUGAAGGAGCUACAAGUGCAGGCGAAGAAGCUGAAAGCGGAGAUAUCAGUUUUGGAAUCCUCAAUCAACGAAACACAAACGAGUCAUCGAGGUCAAAACCACAAGAAGAUUGUUCAAACUUCACAUUCUGGCCAAUUCCUCCCCUGCAAAAUAAUUCAGCUGGAUGUGUUUCAAGUGGAGGAAAGAGGGUUUUAUUUGAGGCUGGUAUGCAAAAUGGGUGAAAGAGUAGCCAUGUCUCUUUACAAGGUUCUUGAAUCCCUCACCAGCUUCAGUAUUCAAAGCUCCAAUUUGGCCUCUGCUUCUGACAGAUUCAUUCUCACAGCUACCAUUAAUGUGAGAAAUUGUGAGAUGGACAUGAACUUGCCGAAUCUGAAGCUUUGGCUUACGGGGGCACUUCUUAACCAUGGAUUUGAGUUCUAAUCACAUCUUAAUCUCUCUAUUUUUCUUCUUCCUUUUCAGUUUAACCCUUUAAACCAAUACAGAGAUUGUAAUUAUUUUAAUCAGCAACUUUGUAUUGUAAAGCCAUUUGAAUUUUGAAUUCAUAGAGAUUAAAUUUCACCAAA